UUCAUUUUAGUCUUUAUGGAACCACCAUAUUAUAUAUGGUUCAACAUUGACCGAAAUAUCAUUAUGCUGUGCACGACUAUAAAUUUUGAAAAGCUGAAGACAAUUUUGGCUUUUAAAAAAAUUUUCUGGUACGUUUUCAUCCUCAGUUUUACUUUUCCUCUCACAAUAGCUGCAGGGAAGUCAACAUUUGUGAAUAUCCUUAAACAAGUCUGCGAGGACUGGGAAGUGGUUCCUGAACCUGUUGCCAGAUGGUGCAAUGUUCAAAGUAAUCAAGAUGAAUUUCAGGGACUGACAACAUCUCAGAAAAGUGGUGGGAAUGUUCUUCAGAUGAUGUAUGAGAAGCCCGAGCGAUGGUCUUUCACCUUCCAGUCGUACGCCUGCCUCAGUCGUGUACGAGCUCAGCUCGCCGCUCUCGAUGGCAAGCUCAAGGAUGUGGAGAGACCUGUGCUAUUUUUUGAACGCUCUGUGUAUAGCGACAGGUAUAUUUUUGCAUCUAAUUUGUAUGAAUCUGAAUGUAUGAAUGAAACAGAGUGGACAAUUUAUCAAGACUGGCACGACUGGAUGAAUAACCAGUUUGGCCAAAGCCUUGAACUGGAUGGAAUCAUUUAUCUUCAAGCCAGUCCAGAGAAAUGCUUGAGUAGAAUAUAUUUACGGGGAAGAAAAGAAGAACAAGGCAUUCCUCUUGAAUAUUUGGAGAAGCUUCACUAUAAGCAUGAAAGCUGGCUCCUGCAUAGGACGCUGAAAACCAACUUUGAUUAUCUACAAGAAGUGCCUAUCUUAACACUGGAUGUUAAUGAAGACUUUAAAGAUAAACACGACAGCCUGGUUGAAAAGGUCAAAGAAUUUUUGAGCACUUUGUGAUCUUGCAGAAGACUACAGGCAGCAAAAUGAUUCCAGAUACUUCAGCUUUGUGUAUCUUCGUAGCUUCCUAUUCAUGCAUAUGAAUUCAUUCAUAUUCAUUCUUUAGAACACCCAAGAUUUUAACCAUUUUUGUUCCAAGAAAAAAAUUUUUUUUUAUGAAUCCUAUAUGAAAGUUUAUUGCCAGUUCGUUCCCUCCCUCCCUCCCUCUUAAAAAAACAAAGACAUUUAAUUAUCUCUCAUGGCAAGAAGUCUGGAGGUAGAUGGUUCAAGAAUCACU